AUGAGAUUUCUUUAUAUGCCUAGCGGCUGCGCGGCGGAAGACGUGUCGUUCAGUAGGAUCGGGGGGCUGUCCUGGGACCAGUGGUCGGCGCGCCUGGCGUUGCCCUUCGCCGGCAUGCGCGUCACUCCGCCCUCGCUGCCGCCCUCCGGCGAGCACAGCUUCACUUGUCCCGACUGCGGCAGAGUCUACAAACUGAAGUCCUCACUGCGGAACCAUCAGAAAUGGGAAUGCGGCAAAGAGCCUCAAUUCCAAUGCCCGUAUUGCGUGUACCGAGCCAAACAGAAAAUGCACAUAGCACGCCACAUGGAGCGAAUGCACCGAGAAGUGCACAUUAAACCGGAACAAUACAUUAAACAGGACAACGUCGACGCUUGCACAUAG